GAAUCCACGCGAACUCUGCGAGCCUUAUAUAUAUUGCAGAUUUGCAGUAACAGCAAGCUACGCAUAACAAACACUAACACGAUGCAGAGUCUGCAACAGAAAGCGGCGGAAUGGAGCGGAGUGGCAACGGACGACGCUUUCGCCAUCGACGAAACCAAUCUGUUUCAGAAACUCGGCCUUCAAACAUUCAUUAACCUCUCCACCAAUUUCUAUACCAGGGUUUAUGAUGACGAGGAAGAAUGGUUUCGUUCAAUCUUCGCGAAUUCUAAGAAAGAAGACGCUAUUCAAAACCAAUACGAAUUUUUCGUCCAAAGAAUGGGAGGCCCUGCUCUCUAUUCUCAGAGACGAGGGCAUCCUGCUCUAAUUGGUCGACAUCGACCGUUCCCGGUCACGCACCAAGCUGCAGAGAGGUGGUUGCAUCACAUGCAACAAGCAUUGGACACAACUACAGAUAUAGAUGAUGACUCAAAGAUUAAAAUGAUGAACUUUUUCAGGUUUAUUUUCUGUCACACAGUGCAACUUCAUAUAUAUAGAUGCUUGUUCAGAUCCUAUUUUGGUUUCCUUGUUAUUUUUUUUAGGCACACUGCAUAUUUUCUGGUUGCUGGAGAUGAACUGAAGAAUCAAAACCAGCAAGUGCCAUGCAAGCAUGCAGCAGGAAGAUAACAUUAACAUUCACCAUAAUCUUAUUUUCAUUGCAUAUUUGGAGAUCAGCUAAGGAAUCAAUCAUACCAAUACCAAUGGCCAUGCAAGCGUGAACCUGGAUCAGAAGGUAGAGCAUCCAUGUGUAAAGAUUUAACAUUUUUAUCACAAUAGGAUGUUCAAAAGAAUGAAAUGGUCAUUCUCUUUGGAAUAUUAAAAAUGCUCUUAAUAUUAUGUAUAUUUUUAAGCACCAUUUAUAAAUGUUAUCCAUGAAUAAGGCACUUCUCAGUUCUAACAUUUAGAUGUGGUUUAACUUUAGGGUUUUCCUGCUUGUUUGUUUGCAAUUUACAGCAACUAGAUCGAUGUCAGAUUCAUUCUUAUAAAUCUAUAAAUUUAUAAAUUUUGAUUUAUCAGUGUUAAUUUUUAAGUCUUCACACACGGUUUAGUUAAAUUUAAGCAUAUAGCACACACAUAAGAUCUUGAACAUUUUGUGGCCAAAGUUGGAAAAGUUGCUAUGAUUGUAAUGAAUUGCAGGGGAAGGCAUGUAAAUAUGUAAUGCAAGAAUGAAAAUUGAUACAUUUGUGGUGGCAAUUAAAGUGGGAAAUGACGGUAUUUGAUGCUAUUUGCCCACUUUA